UCCGCGCCCUCCGCGGUUCUCUGUAGAAGCCCAGAGCUCACUGCCUCCGCGGACCGCAAGUCCCGAGAGGUUCAGAGUGCCCCGCGGGACUAUCACGGAUGGGGAUGGGUACAAAGUAGAUGGCACCGCUGAACCUUUUAGGUUGGUUUGGUUUGGCCGCCCAAACCAAAGGAUGGACGCUCCUCUGUACCCUCCGUCGAAUCCUCGUUUGUGUGAACUGUUCUUCCACGGAUAGUUUGAGUCCGAGGAAAUUGGAGCUGGAACUGUAACGAAGCAGCUCCUGGAGAGGUUUUCGCCUCUCAAGCUCCAUUCAUCUGGAGUGGCAUGUUGAAACAUCCUAACGCCCCAUCCCAGGAAAGUCUCACUGAAUGUGAAACAUGUUGUAGAAGUAUUGAAGAAGUGGCUGAAGGAAGAGAGUGCCCCUGCCUAUCAAAACAAAACAAAACAUGGGAAAUACAACCACCAAAUUCCGCAAAGCACUCAUCAAUGGUGAUGAAAACCUGGCGUGCCAAAUAUAUGAAAAUAAUCCUCAGCUAAAAGAAUCCCUUGAUCCAAAUACAUCCUAUGGAGAGCCCUAUCAGCACAACACUCCAUUACACUAUGCUGCUAGACAUGGAAUGAAUAGAAUAUUAGGGACUUUUCUUUUUGGUAGAGAUGGAAACCCAAAUAAACGGAACGUGCACAAUGAAACAUCUAUGCAUUUGUUGUGUAUGGGACCUCAAAUCAUGAUAUCUGAAGGAACCCUUCAUCCUCGCUUGGCACGCCCUGUAGAAGAUGAUUUCAGAAGGGCAGAUUGUCUGCAGAUGAUCUUAAGAUGGAAAGGAGCAAAACUUGACCAGGGUGAAUAUGAGAGAGCAGCUAUUGACGCUGUUGAUAAUAAAAAAAACACACCCCUUCACUAUGCGGCAGCCUCAGGGAUGAAAGCCUGUGUAGAGCUUUUAGUAAAACAUGGAGGAGACUUGUUUGCUGAAAAUGAAAAUAAGGAUACUCCUUGUGACUGUGCUGAGAAGCAGCACCACAAAGACCUGGCCCUGAGUCUGGAGUCUCAGAUGGUGUUCUCUCGGGACCCGGAGGCUGAGGAGAUAGAAGCCGAGUAUGCUGCAUUAGACAAACGAGAGCCUUAUGAAGGAUUACGGCCUCAGGAUCUUCGUAGAUUAAAGGAUAUGCUUAUUGUGGAGACUGCAGACAUGCUCCAGGCCCCUCUGUUUACUGCUGAAGCCCUACUUCGAGCUCAUGAUUGGGACAGGGAGAAAUUGCUUGAAGCUUGGAUGUCUAACCCAGAGAACUGCUGCCAACGGUCAGGUGUGCAGAUGCCAACUCCCCCACCAAGUGGGUACAAUGCCUGGGACACGCUUCCUUCCCCAAGAACUCCAAGGACUACUCGCUCUUCUGUCACCUCUCCAGAUGAAAUCAGUCUGUCUCCUGGGGACUUAGAUGCCAGUUUGUGUGACAUUUGUAUGUGCAGUAUCUCUGUAUUUGAAGAUCCAGUGGACAUGCCCUGUGGACAUGAUUUUUGUCGAGGAUGUUGGGAAUCGUUUUUAAAUCUGAAAAUUCAAGAAGGUGAAGCCCAUAAUAUUUUCUGCCCUGCAUAUGAGUGCUUUCAACUUGUGCCUGUAGAUAUUAUAGAAAGUGUAGUUUCUAAGGAGAUGGACAAACGCUACCUACAGUUUGAUAUUAAGGCCUUUGUUGAAAAUAAUCCUGCCAUUAAAUGGUGUCCUACUGCAGGCUGUGAAAGAGCAGUCAGACUGACAAAACAGGGGUCAAAUCCCUCUGGGUCUGACACCCUCAGCUUCCCCUUGCUAAGAGCUCCUGCUGUGGACUGCGGCAAAGGACACCUCUUCUGCUGGGAGUGCCUUGGUGAAGCACAUGAGCCUUGUGACUGCCAAACAUGGAAAAAUUGGCUACAGAAAAUAACUGAAAUGAAGCCAGAGGAACUUGUUGGAGUCAGUGAAGCCUAUGAGGAUGCUGCCAAUUGUCUGUGGUUGCUGACUAACUCGAAGCCUUGUGCGAACUGUAAGUCUCCAAUACAGAAGAAUGAAGGUUGCAAUCAUAUGCAGUGUGCCAAGUGCAAGUAUGACUUCUGCUGGAUCUGCCUAGAAGAAUGGAAGAAACACAGUUCUUCCACUGGCGGCUAUUACAGAUGUACUCGCUAUGAAGUCAUUCAGCAUGUGGAGGAGCAAUCCAAGGAAAUGACAGUGGAGGCUGAGAAGAAACAUAAACGGUUUCAGGAACUUGACAGAUUUAUGCAUUAUUACACAAGAUAUAAAAACCAUGAGCAUAGUUAUCAGUUAGAACAACGCCUUCUUAAAACAGCCAAAGAAAAGAUGGAACAAUUGAGUAGAGCUCUCAAAGAAACUGAAGGCGGCUGUCCAGAUACCACUUUCAUCGAAGAUGCAGUGCACGUUCUCCUAAAAACUCGACGCAUCCUCAAGUGUUCUUAUCCAUAUGGAUUCUUCUUAGAACCUAAAAGCACAAAGAAAGAAAUAUUUGAACUAAUGCAAACAGACCUAGAAAUGGUCACUGAAGACCUUGCCCAAAAAGUCAAUAGGCCUUAUCUCCGUACCCCCCGCCACAAGAUCAUCAGAGCAGCGUGCCUUGUGCAGCAGAAAAGGCAGGAAUUCCUGGCGUCUGUAGCUCGGGGAGUUGCUCCUGCAGACUCACCAGAUGCUCCCAGACGCAGCUUUGCCGGUGGAACAUGGGACUGGGAAUAUUUAGGAUUUGCAUCACCUGAGGAAUAUGCUGAAUUUCAGUAUCGGAGGAGGCACAGACAGCAGCGCCGUCGAGGAGACGUGCACAGCCUGCUCAGUAACCCGACAGACCCUGAUGGGGAACCAAGCGAAAGCACUUUUGAUAUACCGGAAGGUGGCAGUGGUCGCAGGCCUGGAGCAUCCGUGGUAAGCUCUGCAUCUAUGAGUGUGCUGCACAGCUCUUCCCUCCGAGACUACAGCCCUGCCAGUCGCUCUGCAAACCAGGACUCUCUGCAGGCUCUGAGUUCCUUGGAUGAAGACGACCCCAAUAUACUUCUUGCCAUACAGUUGUCACUUCAAGAGUCUGGGCUAUCCAUGGAUGAAGAAACCAGAGACUUCCUUAAUAACGAAGCAUCCCUAGGAGCCAUAGGCACUUCUUUACCUUCUCGGCUGGACUCUGUACCCAGGAGCACAGACAGUCCUCGGGCUGCGCUGAGCAGCUCUGAGCUGCUGGAACUUGGUGAUAGCCUCAUGAGACUAGGAGCAGACAGUGACCCAUUUUCAACUGAGACUUUGAGUUCACGACCUCUCAGUGAGACACGAAGUGAUUUCUGUCCCUCUUCCAGUGACCUUGACUCAGCUGGCCAGGACCCCAGUGCCAAUGACAAUCUUCUUGGCAAUAUUAUGGCUUGGUUUCAUGACAUGAACCCUCAGAGCAUUGCCCUGAUUCCUCCAGCAGCAGCCACGGAAAUGAGUGCAGAGCCUCAGCUUCCCUGUGUUGGAGCUGCCCCAGAAGGUGUGAGGGGCGUGGGACUGGUGCCACCAGGAGACCCAGUGUCCAAAGACACUGCUGUCCAUGAGGGUGAAAGAACCCAGAUGGAAGAAAACCCUCUGGAAGAGAGUAUUCUGGCCAGGGAAGAGUUGUCUCAAGCUGGUGACAGUAGUAAUGAGGCAGACAGCAGAGGGGACGGGCCAGAUGCUGCCAGUCCAAGCCCUCAGACCUCAACUGACUGGCUCGAGCAAGUCCAUCUAGUGUGAACUGCACAUAUGUGCUCUCCAGGUGAAUCGCAGUACAGGGGUUAUGUUAGGUGGAGUAUCUUUAUAGAGACUUAGAUCCACUUAAUUUGAACUCGGUUCUAAACCACUGAUGUUAGGAUUGAGUGCAAAGGUGUUCCCUCCGACGAUAGCUUCAGUGUCAAUUUUACCCUUACAGAGAAUUUCUUUUGUGUUUUUCCCUUUUUAGUGACAAAGAGGAGCAGGAGAAAAGAGUGGAAUAAAUGGGUUGAUGUCCACAUUCUGAGAGAAUGCAGUGCUCUGUCUAGCCGAGAGUUGGCAGUAUUUAAGUUGGCCAUUUUUAUCAGAAGCUUACUCUGCAAUCCUUAGAUGGCUUUCCUCUUUUUUUAAAACAGUGAAGUUUUCUUCACUUUAGAAGCUGGGCUGGACAGGUCUGAUAACGUGUGUCCUCGUGUCUGUGUUCUCUUCAGGAGCCUCCUCCCCUUGUUGUCCAAGCAGUGUGAGCUGCGGAGUCCCUGCUGCUUCUAGUGCCCGGCUACCAUAGUGUGAUUGGGUUUUCUUUCCCACAUGAAUCAAAGAUUGCCUCUCAUGUCUAUUCACAGUCCAAUUGUGCCAAACUCUGACCCGGGCGCUGACUAGCGAGGUGUUCAGGUGAGCAGCAUCCCAGUGUGCUCCAGGGCAGUGUCAGCGUUGUCGGGAGUAAAAGGUGCCACUCGGUAGCAAUGAUGUUCCAGAAUUUAAUGGGCUUUUGUUGCCAUGGAGACUGCAUUUAAAUAAAUGUAGCCUGUAGCUUAAGUAAACUAAAGCUAAUGCUGCUGUUAAAACAGUUUAUUUUAAUAUUAAAAUACAGUUGAUUAGCAACAGCGGUGCUGUAUUUAAGAGACACUUUAUUGGAAGUGCAAUCAUAGUUCUUUGUUUUCACAAUUUUACAGUGCAUUCUAAUUACUAACGGGUGCAAUUACUUUUAAUGGUGUUUUAUAACAUAGAAAAACUGGAGUUUUCAUGAGUUACAGUAAAUCCCACAGUUAUUAAAAAAUUCAAUACAACAUCCUACGCAACAUGUUACCGUGCCUUUGCCUAACCUAAAUGGAUAGUUGCCAGUUAAGUAAGUCAGUAACUCAAAUUUCAAUGUCUCUUCUGAAGUAACUAUGCUAUGAAUUGCAAAGACCUCCAUAAAACCACCCAUGGCCUUGCCUUUACAGUAACUAUGACAACUAAGUGUUCAGUUUGUUUGCCUAGAUAGCAAAUGCUGCUGUGUUUGUUCUCUUGUGCAAUACUCAUCUGCUAUGUGAUCACUGUUUAGUACUGAAAACUCAACCUCCUAGUUAUCAGUGUCCUGCUGUGAAGAAAUACUGGUCUUAGUUGUAAUUAAGAUACAAUGGUACAGUGUGUAAUUAAAACUAGAGUAAACUGUUGGAAUGGCUCUUUUACUUACUAUUAUUAAAGCUAAUAUAACAUAAGCAAAAUAGAUCCAAGGAGCACUCCAUGUAAGUGCUUUGCCACUAUUACCAGAAACCAGAAUGUCUAUGCUGAAGUCCUAGGCCAGGCAAAAGAUGGUUUUUAACAUUGAUAUCCAUAAUUAUUGUUUUCAUUACAUCUUUCCCAAACCUUCCUUUUGAAAUACUCACGUACUUUGACUUCAUACGGCCAAGACAUUGUACUUGAGUAUUUAUUGUUCGGGGAUAUCAAGAGUCCCUAAUAGUUUUUAUUUCUCUGGGUAUCACAACAUUGAUAUGAAUCCCUUUAAAGUUAGUGGGGGAAAUACUAACUUUGUCUACAGUGUAUUACUAUAUAUUAAACUGAAAUAGUCAAAGGAUUUUUUUAAUUUGGAUUAAUAAUAUGAACACCAUAAAGUUUCUAGACCAGGGUGAACUUUUCCAGUAGAAAACACUUGCAUCCCUAGAGGAAUUUUGCACAGCCACAGUGAGGAGAGGAAGGGUGCCCUGAGGGGAGGAGGGGUGUUCUGUGGAGAGAAGUGGUACCUGUGGAGAGUAGGAGUGCCUGUGGGGAGGAGGGGUGCCCUGUGGAGAGGAAGGGUGCCCUGUGGGGAGGAAGGGUGCCCUGUGGGGAGGAAGGGUGCCCUGUGGAGAGGAAGGGUGCCCUGUGCAGAGAAGUGGUACCUGUGGGGAGGAGGGGUGCCCUGUGGAGAGAAGUGAUACCUGUGGAGAGGAGGAGUGCCUCUGGAGAGAGGAGGGAUACCUGUGGAGAGUGGGCAUACCCUGUGGAGAGGGUGCCAUGGAGAGAAAGGAUACCUGUGGAGACCCAUGUGAGCUGGGUUCCUGUUUCCUUGCCUUGUGCGGUACCUGUUGUGAUGUGCUGGGCUCCUGAGUGUGAAAAAUCUAUCAUUUUCCAGUUUGUAUUUCCUUGGUACAUAUUUAAAAACAACACAGUCAUGACUUUCCAAUUCAGUAAUAAAGUUUGGCAAAGCCUAUUUUGUAAACAAGUUAAUUUUAUAAUGUAAAAAAAAAAAGUUAAUCUAACCUUGACUUGUUAUUUGCACUUUCAUAGUCUAUACUUGAUACAUUCCCACUUUAUAUACAGUAGGAGUCUACAGACCUGUAGAUGUUUGGCCAAAUGAAUGCUGUUAAUAAUAUGUAAAAUUCUUUGAUUAAACAUUUAUUACUUAAACUAUU